AUGGCGGAGAAGCUUAACGGCGAGAAUAACGAACAGGGCAGCAUGAAUCAGUCAGAGGGGUCUACAAAUCUGCAAAGUUUUAUUGCAACUCAGAUACAACAGCAAGAGAAAGUGUCCAGGGAGACUGACAACCUAGACACAAGAAAAAGAGAGAACUUCAUUGCUAGAGCCUUAUCUGAGAGUCACAGGAUGAGCAUGGAAGCAGAAAGAUCCAGACAAAAAACAGAAAACUUGCAUGUUGAACUUGGAGAAAGAAGAAUGGCACAGUGGAGCCGUGAACACUCGGCAGAGGUCUUACAAGACCAGGAUAGCCUGGCAGAUUUGACCUGUCCACAUGACUAA